CGCAUGCACUCAGAGAGAACUCCCUGAACACAGGGAGCUAAUUCUGGAGGCAAGCAGGCAUUUGAACAGCCACCUGCUGUCGUCUCUCACUGAGCUGCAGAUUCACUGCUGCUGGAGGCACGGUGGACACACACAUAGUCUGUUGCAGGAGCUGUCUGAGUGAGGGGAGAAUGUCAGGGAGCAGCCAGCCACAAGAUCUGGUGCUCAUUAAAGAACUAGAGUUCAUCUUGGAUUCCUGCACACUGGAGCUCACACCAGUGGAUGAAGUCUGGCCCAACCUGUACAUAGGAAAUGUUGCGGUGGCACAGAAUAGAAAGACAUUACAUAAGCUUGGCAUCACUCAUGUCCUGAACGCAGCACACUCCAAGCAGGGCAGCAUCGGUGACCAGAGUUUUUAUGGGGACUCCUGCGUUUACUUUGGCAUCCCAGCGGAGGAUUCAGAUCGCUUUGACCUCAGCGAGAACUUUAAACCUGCAGCUGACUUCAUACAUAAAGCCUUGAAGAGCAAAGAUGGAAAAGUGCUGGUGCAUUGCAUCAUGGGAAUAAGUCGAUCAGCCACAUUGGUCCUGGCUUACCUAAUGUCGCGGCAGCGUUUCACUGCGAGAGAUGCUCUGAAGCACAUCGUUCAAAAGCGACCCAUUUAUCCAAACAAGAACUUUCUGUCUCUCCUCCUCAAACUGGAUCAACAGCUGACAUUCAAACGGAGGUUAUGUCCUCUUUUAUGACACCUCUCCCUCUCUUUCUUCACCUACUGCAUCACAUUAGACCUCUCUUCCCAUGUGUUACACUCCACUUCGUUAUUGAAAAUAUCUGUAAAUAAUACUCCUUUUUAUUUGUACUAAAAGUUACUUUAAUGCACAAGUUUAUCUUCUGGGUACAGCAGCAAUGACCAUGUGUUGUAAAAAGUGUAUUUAUUGUCUUUGUAUUAUUUUCAUAUUCAAUCUUUAUUCAAAGGUUCCCUGUUGAACGCAAGCUUUAUAAAUAAAGCUUUAUGACUCAGUGUGAAUAUUAAUUCACACAGCAGCAAUGGGUGUAGUUUUUAAUACUAAAAUGCUGAGAUAUCAAUAUAAUCUCAUUCAUUAAGGGGCCACAAUAUUACACAGUAUACAUAAUGUUGCAUGAGGCAAAAUAUGGACUACAUUUACUUUAUGAUUACUUACUUAAUCUGGGAACUACUUUAGUGUAAUUUUCUCAAUUUAGUGAUUAUUUAUUCGUCUCUGAAACAUCAGAAAAUAGUGAACAUGUACUAUUUUGUUGUUCGUAAUCCUCAAAGUGAUGUCAUUAAAUUGAUUUUGUUUGCCAA